AUAGGUCAGGGCGACUGGAAAAAUGUACGCUUGUAAGAAGUUGGAAAAAAAGAGGAUUAAGAAACGGAAAGGAGAAGCUAUGGUACUAAUAGAAAAACAAAUAUUACAAAAGAUUAAUUCAAGGUUUGUCGUGAACCUUGCGUACGCUUAUGAAACCAAGGACGCCCUCUGCCUAGUGCUGACCAUCAUGAACGGAGGCGACCUAAAGUUCCACAUUUACAACAUGGGCGGUGAUCCCGGCCUAGAUAUAACAAGGGCUAGAUUUUAUGCAGCAGAAGUCGUUUGUGGACUUGAGCAUCUUCACCAACAGGGCAUUGUAUAUAGAGACUGUAAACCUGAAAAUAUUCUUCUAGACGACACAGGUCACGUGAGGAUAUCCGAUUUAGGAUUGGCUGUCGAGAUUCCGGAAGGAGAGUCUGUAAGGGGUAGGGUUGGCACUGUAGGAUAUAUGGCACCGGAAGUAAUCGACAACGAACGUUACACAUUUUCUCCUGAUUGGUUCAGUUUUGGCGUGCUGUUAUACGAAAUGAUAGAAGGCCAAGCUCCGUUCAGGGCGCGUAAAGAAAAGGUAAAACGGGAAGAAGUAGAUAGACGCGUGAAAUUCGAUCAGGAAAAGUACUCGAACCGUUUCAGCGAAGAUGCAAAGUUGCUGUGCCAACAGCUGCUGGUGAAGUCGCCUAGGGAACGACUUGGAGGAGGCAUGGGACGAGCGGGAGCGGUGAUGGUGAAACAGCACGCUUUUUUUCAGUCAAUCAACUGGAAAAGACUCGAAGCGGGUAUGGUGGAACCUCCGUUUGUACCGGACCCGCAUGCAGUAUAUGCCAAAGACGUCCUGGACAUCGAGCAGUUCUCAACUGUGAAAGGUGUGAACAUUGAUGACAGUGACUCAACGUUUUAUAGUAAAUUUAACACGGGUUGUGUUUCGAUACCUUGGCAGGCGGAAAUGAUCGAGACCGAUUGCUUCCGCCAGUUGAAUGUGUUCGGGCCGAACUAUAGCAGGACUCCGGAUUUAGUUCUAGAACCAAUAGUGAUUUCUGAAAAUGAAGGCUGUUUCCCGUUCAGGCGGAAGGUAGGCACAUUAUUUUUUUGGCACUAUUUUGGAGUAUACCAGGAAGAUGUUGACAGGUGUUUCGAAUUCCACUCUCACCAUUGA